UUUCCGUCUUCUUCUCUCACACCCAAAAAAUUUCCUCAGUAAGCUACGUCCUUCGCAGAUCCACCUCUACCACCCUCCUCAUUGGAGUUUCUAUUUUCCAAUCUCAAUUCCCAUUUUGCCCCUCGCCUCCUUCUCUUUCAGCUGAGCCCGAAGCAACCGCCGAGCCACCUCCGGAGGCAGAGCCCGAGAACCCAACUCCCAAGCCCAAGAAGGCCGCUAAGGAGCCCAAGCCCAAAAAACCCGCGGCUCCUAGAUCUCGAAACCCCUCUCACCCUCCCUACGAAGAGAUGGUUAAGGACGCGAUUGUGACGUUGAAGGAGAAAAACGGUUCCAGUCAAUACGCGAUUCAGAAGUUCGUAGAAGAGAAACAGAAGCAGCUACCUUCCAACUUCAGGAAGCUCUUGUUGUAUCAUUUGAAGAAGCUCGUUGCUUCUGGAAAGCUCGUUAAGGUCAAAAGCUCCUUCAAGCUUCCUCCGGUCAGGUCUUCAGCUCCCAAACCCGCUUCUGCUGCCCCCGCCAAGAAGAAGGCUGCAGCUGCUAAGCCCAAACCAAAGCCCAAGCCCAAAGCUAAGCCUGCCUCUAAGGCCAAGGACACCAAAACUACUAAGUCAGCAGCAGCCAAAGCACCUGCCAAGGCCAAGGCCGCUGCAAAGCCCAAGCCCAAGCCCAAGCCAGCUGCUAAACCCAAGGCGGUUGCUGCUAAGACCAAGGCAGCUCCGGCCAAGUCUAAGGCCAAGGCUAAGACGGCGCCAGCUGCAAAGCCGAAGGCAGCUGCGAAGCCUAAACCGGCUGCUAAGCCCAAGCCCAAGCCCAAAGAGAGGCCCUCCAAGGCUUCUAGAACGUCGACGAGAACUUCACCGGGGAAGAAAGCCCCUGCAGCUAAACCUGCGGCGAAGAAGGCAGCUCCCGCGAAGAAGGCCCCUGCAAAGGGUGCAAAGGCGAAGACCGUGAAAUCUCCUGCGAAGAAGGCGACGACGGCGAGAAGGGGGAGAAAGUGAAGACGGUAGACGGCACCGGAGCCUAGUGUUGUAGGUUUAGUCAUGUAAAGUUCUUUGUCCCAUGCGGUGUAGUUCGAUUUAAAGUUAUCGCUGAAAAAAAAAAUUAUGAAAUCUGAUUUUAUCAAACUUUUUUAUUCUAGAUAUCUGAAAUUUCUUUUUGGGAUUCGAAUUUGAGACAUUACCUAGAUUGUAUGUUGAGUCUGAUUGAGUUAUGAGUUAAUCAUUAUUGAUGAAGCUUAGAGUUGGAGG